GCCACUGAUGCAUCAAAGUACGCGCUUUCCUCUGUGCUUUUAUCUUUCGUUCCGUGGGUAUGCAAAUAAAGAGAACAGCGGGCAAACCGAUGGCAGGACUACAGACACACGUAUAGAAAAAAAACUUGACAUGCACAGAAGCAGACGCACGAUCUAUAUUCAAACUUCGAUCACAACAGUCGUGAAAGACAAGCCGUUUGACAGGAACUUCAGGAGGAGCCUUUGUUUUUAAAAAUGAGGCUGGGUAAAUGGCAAUGUGAUUAACCAUUACUGACAAGGUGAUGUGGCUCCAUCCAACUACCCAAUCCAUAUAAUCAGAUAUGGAUAUUGCAAAUAUCGCUCCAAGGAAGGUUUUCAGAGCUAAGAAAACACUUCGAGCAAGUGACCGCAAGCAGUGGGAAGCAUUAAUCAGAAUCAGAUCUCCGAAUGGGAGCGAACAGCCCUUAAGAGAGCGUGAUCAUCUGAAAAGCCAUUUGAAGGGCACAGAUGCAGAAGUUGUCAGUAAAUCCAAUGAACAUUUUAUUUCAAACUGUCCAAAAAAUGAUAUUUCAAAACCGGAACUGAACCAGAGUUUAACAUUUCAUUGCAAAAAUGAUGUCGUCAAGGCCAAAUUCAAACAUUUAUCUGACAUCUGUGUAACAGAAAACCAGCUGGAGAAUGCCAGAUUAAAAAGUCUGGAAGAUGUACAAUCCAAUGGUCAUCCAUAUCCUCAGCAAAAAGAACAUCAGAAUAUUGGUUCACUCAGAAAGCCUCCAAAAUCAUCCUCUGAAACUACUGACCAAAACUUAACUGCUACAAAUGGUACCGUCAUUUCCUGCUCCACAUCUGCAAUAAAAGAAGACUUCAGCAGAACUCCUAAAACCCAUUCAAUGAAAAUUCCUGCACCCCUGGACCAGAAGAACUGUGUGACUUCCAUCAGUAUAGAUAAGAAGUGGAAUAUUGAGCCUGCACUUCACGUUAUUGGUGUUGAAGAUCUUAAAUUUGUUUCUUCAGGUGUUCAUGAUAAGACAAGUAAUCUAAAGAAAAUAAACCAUUCUAUUAGUCCUAUUUCAGAAAAGAUGUCCAGUGAAGCUCAUCAGAACCUGAUGUGUAAUGUGCAUUUGUCAGCCCUACAUAUUUCUCACAAUGUAACUGAAAAGGUUAAAGGAAGUGUACUAAAUGAAAGACAAAAACCUUCUGUUUCAAAAUACCUUCAUGUAGAAGAUCAAUCCCAGAUAGAUGAGUCUAAAUUACUGAUUGAUUACCAAGAGCAGAUUGAAUGCAAUGCACUUAUAUUGAUGGACAAGAAAAGCUCUGUUUUAAGAAAAAGGACCCAUUCAAGCCGUGAAGAAAGAAGUAGCAACAAGCGAGUUAAGACUUCAGAAGGUGACAGAAGUAACCGUCUUAAAUUGAAUUCCAAAAGUCAAAGUGCAGAAACUACCAAGAAGAAGUGUUUGUAUGAGAUCCAGAAAUUAAUUCACCAAAAGAUUGCCACUGAACUUAGAAGUGAUGAUUUGGACAACAAACUUGAAGAGUUAACAAAGAGAGUUGAAAAUAUUGAGUGUAGACAAAAUUAUGAAGAGGUGGCUAAAACUAUUCAGAUUAGAAUAAAACGACUGGAAAGAAAUGUAAAAGCUGCUUUGAAAACUGUAAAUAUGCAAUCGCGAAGAAAAACACUAGAGAAGAGCAAUUCAACAUCAUUUUCUCUAAAACAACCUGAUGUGCGACCCGUGCCACAAAAUGCUACCACUGGAGAAAAUUCAACCAAUGCAUUGAAACCUGGGUCAGUUGCAGAACAUAUGGACAUACAUGCUACACCUGCCACUGCACCAGACCGAUCCUCUCAAACAUUGACUUGCAAGAAACUUCCAGAUUCUUCCAACUAUGAAUUGAGCUUUCAGUUACCUGAAAGAACUUCAGAUUUUGUACUUGAGGAUGAAGAGACUACGUGGAAUAUUCCGUUACCAAAGAACUUGGAUACUGUAACUCCAGCAAGUACACAUUACAGUGAUAUUUCAAAUACAACACAAAGCAAUGCGGUGUCUCCUGAUACUGUGACUGUACAAUGUGAUGAUAAAGGACAAACAGUUGAUAUAGAACAGUGGGAUAACUUGGCAAGCACUCAAAUAAUAAUUGACCUUACGGAAGAUAAUGAACAGAAUAUUGACAAUCAAAUAAGGAAAAAAGGUAAUAAUUCAGUGUCCUUUUGAAUAACUUGAUUGAACCUGCCUGCAGCAUGCACUUUCUGAUGUCUGGUUCUUGGAGAAGAGACUGUUGUUCAGAAGUCUGCCACCUUAUACUUCCUGGGGAAACUGUUUUCUUUCAACUUUCUUGGAACAAAUCAGUCGUUCUGCUGUAACACAUGGAAUAGAGGAUUUGAUCUUGACCAGAUUUUUAAAUAGCCAGAUAUCCGACACAUGCCAAUGCCCUGGAAGGAUUAAAGAGAAUUUUGAUGAAAACAGCAAUUAGUCUAGUUAUAUCAACAGAAGGUGAAAUUGAAACUCUAAUAAUGAACAAAUAAAUGCCAGGAAUUGCCAGAAUAACAAUAAAAUAAAUUGCUCAGAGUAAAGAGACAAGUUCUUUGGAAGGAUACAUGAAAAAGAAGAUUCUGAGCAAGUGUAUGAACAUAACCUGAAUCUGAUCUAAUACCAAGGAGUUUUAAUGCUGUAGUAAAUGUAUUAGUCAUAAAUUUCUUUAAUUAUGUGGUCUUAGGUAGUGUACUUGCUUCAGAUUUUUUUUACGUAGGUUCAUGAAUAUAUUGAUUCACUUCAAUUCUGCAUGAGUCGUCUGCCAGACUGAAUCUUUUGCAUUGGAACUCGGGCCUGAAAAAUCCUGUGAAGAUAGGAUCCCAAUCAGAAGAUUCAAGACAAACUCCAUUGAAUACAGUAUCAUUGUGUUAGAUUAUCUGAGACAGAACUCAAUUCAGACAAUUUGCUGUACAAUAAAAGAGAAGUUAAUAAAGAGUGACAAUA